AAGCCGCUGAUGGAUUUCAAAUAUAAACACGACCAUGGAGUGGACGAGCGUCCGUCCUGCGCUCCUCUGCGCUGUAGCUUUAAUAAACUUUGUUUUCGUCUUCGGCACCGGAGCGGAUUUCGUUCGCUUCGUUUCCUUCCGCGCUAUUUACCACAACAUAACCGGCGGAGCGCCGCUUUGCAGAGAUGCAGUGCCGUGGUCCGUUGCUCUGCGGGACAGUGAAGUUUUAAGGGCUCUUGGUGUGGAUUUGGCCCUCUUGGCCCUUUUCAGUGUCCAGCACAGCCUGUUGGCCUGGGCUCCGGUUAAGAAAGCCUGCCAGUCUGCUCUGGGGGUCCUAAACCGGGCGAUGUACUGCUCCACCACAGCCCUCGCACUGCAGGUGCUGAUGCGUUGGUGGCAGCCGGUGACCAGCGCCCCUUGCCUGUGGUCAGUGCGCAGUGCACCCUGGGAUAUCUGGUUCCCCCUCAUCUGCUUCGUAGUUCACUUCCUGUGCUGGGCCAUAAUCUGCAGCAUCCUGCUGAUAUUCGACUAUCCAGAGCUGCUGGGACUCAAGCAGGUAUAUUAUGAAUGUCUGGGGCUCGGUGACCCGCUCUCUCUGAAGUCCCCCCGUGCUCAGCGUCUUUAUGCCCACCUGCGUCACCCGGUGUGUGUGGAGCUGCUGCUGGUGCUCUGGCUGCUGCCCACGCUGCCGCUGGACAGGUGUGUUCUGGCUGCAUACCUGUCAUUCUACCUGGCUCUGGCACACUCUCUGGACGCUCAGGACUGCGCCUACCUCAGCACGCAGCUCCACAGCAAGCUGCAGCUCUUCUCCACUCCACAGGGGGGCGCCGAUCAAGUCAACAGCAACAACACCGAGCAAAAGCAGGACUGAACUCAGCUGACCUUCCAAACGUCUUACCAACUGAGCGGAACAAAACCCAGUUCUGCUUUUUCUCUGGGUUUUGCCUGCAUAUUUUUACUUCUAUUUUCAUUUUUUAAAAGUAUGUUGUGAUUCUUAUUAGUCACACUAAACUCCCAUCAGAAGUAUUUGGUUUAUUUUUAACUGUUGGUCUCAUUAAGAGAAGCAGAAGUAUUUCUGCUCUUCUGAGUGUGGAAUAGAGAUCAAACGUCAACUGCACAGAUGAAAGGUCAUGAGGUCUAACUCACCAAUAACUAAUAAAAAAUGAACUACAAGCAUCACAGACAGUAUUACUAGAGUCACAAGAUGCAUUUUACUGUACUCAGUUGCAGUCCUGCUGCUGGUUUUAAUGUUUUCUCGUCUCUAACACGUCAGCUUAUCUCGAAGAGCUACAGUCAUAUGCAAAAGUAUGUGCGCCCCUGGUCAAAAUGCAUGAUUAUUGUUGAUUUUUCAAGUGAAAAUAAGUUACAUUAAAAUCAGCUAAUAAAAGAAAACAAGCACUAAAAUGAGCAGAAAAUUACAUAUUAAGUUCCCUGUAGAGAAUGUGUUAGCUUGUUUUCACUUAAAAAACAAAAACAUCUCAUUUUACCAGGGGUGUCUAAACAUUUGCAUAUGACCGUGUGUUAGGUACAUUAGAGACAGAAAGCACAAAAUAAGUAGAUCAUGUGUUCUCCACAACUGAAACUGAGAACCAGUAAUAUAUUUUUGGUAACGCUUUCCUAAAGGGCAGCUUUCAUAAGGCUACGUAAGCCUUUCAUGGCAACUGCCAUAAACACACAUAAACAACUGUGAAGGCUUAUUCUAACAAGCAUCUGUUGUUAUAAAAGCUGCUUUUGUCAAUUUUGCUGUUAUUUUCCCCAGAGUUGAUCCCUAUUGGAGCUGGUUUAGUUUUAUAUUGGGAGGUUCUGUAAUUUGAGUGAUUUAAUCUAGUAUGAAUUUGCAGUGUCUGUAGUUUGCCAAGUAACUUUUCCUCAGUGAAUUAUCUCCUGUAAUUGGCCGAACUCCCUCAGUAAUAGUAGUCCUGUAAGAAUUGACAUCACAGCAAUGUAAUAACAAAACUGGGUGAUAAAAAUGCUGUCUCCAUUUGACCCAAUUCAUUAAUCCUCAAAUUCGUGACUAGAAUACUGAAAUUUGCAACAUUAUUGGUGAUGGCCUGAAGAGUCCAAACCCGUCACAAAACCAGGGAGCAGCCAUACGUCUUGAGAACUGAAGUCUAUUUCAUGUGUGCAGGUGCCAGACACCUAGCCAGCCUGUAAAACAGUGGACUGACACAGUUUUAUAGGUUGGACUGAUGCCAAGAUUAUGCCCAGCCCAUGCAUGACAAGUGACAGGUGUAAUGUAGGGAUAAACAAAAAUAAGCAGAACAGAAUGUUCUAAAUACAAUCACAGCACAUACACGCACAAUGCUGAAUAUAAUAAUACAUAAUACUAAACUAAACGCAUUACACAGCAGUAGAUUCCCUCAGGCCGAAUUACAAGCAGAAGAAAAAAUUAAAUAUCUCCAAAGCGUCUCUCACAAGGCAGUGCAUUUCUGAGAUGUUGGGCUGCAUUUGGAAAAAUGAAUGAACCCACUUUACUAGUCUAAUGGUCGUCCAUUUAGUCGCACAACAUGUUGCUAUUGUUUGGAAUUGUGGCGCCUGUCACAUAAUGCUGACAUAAACGUCCGCAUGAUGAUGUUUCGAUCGGGGCUUUUUGCGGUAAUUUGGAGAAAUUACACAGCUGCUUUAUCCCAAACAAAUCAGCCAGUCAAAUUAAACACAACCCCCAUUACCAGACCUGCUUUUAAACUAAAGCAGCUCCUGUAGAGCUCAAGUGUUAUAACAAUUGUUGGAAUAAGCUUUUAUACCGGCCUAUAUAGGUUUAUGUCAGUUGUCGUGAAAGGCUUAUGUAGGUGUUAUGUAGCCUGAUGAAUGCUUCAGUAAAGUGCUAAAUUUUUUUUCUCUGCUUGUUGUUAGGCUGUAAAGGCCACCUACAUUUAUAACACAGGCUUACAUACUGAAUAAAGUUAUAUAGCACAAUGCAAUAUUAAUGAUAUAAUAAUAAUAAUGUAAUUAUAUUAACCUAAUAGUUAAGAAAUGGUAACUUGAGUAUUUAUGAACAGCUUAUAAAACAAAAAAGAAAUGACAUUAUAAAGCAUUAUUCCCAAGUAAUGGAGCUUAUAAGGCUGAAGCGUAGUUUAAACACCAUAUCAGAUCUACAUAUUUCUGCUUAAAUACAAAAUAACAAUUUCUGUAACUGAUUUUAUCCUUGCAGCCACACGGGUCUAAUUGUUCACUGAAAUAAUAAUACAGUAACUGUAAUAACUCCAUUACUUAGAAAUGAUGCUUUGUAACAGUGUUAUAAAUGGAGUAAAUAUGUCACUUUAGUUCAAUGUCAGUACAAUUUCAUUGAUCUCUUAAAAUUUAUUUCAUCUUGGGAAGACUGACAAACUGUUCAUAAAUAUUCAAUUAUUGCUUUAUGAAUAUGCUAUUAAAUCCUUAUUCAUGUAUUAUAAAGUCACUUCAAAUAAAGUGUUACCGUAUUUUGUGCCUUUAUGCAGUUUCCAAGCUGCUUUUUAAGAUAACAUUAAGGUUUUAAGAUCACAUUAAGAUCAGUGUUAUUGGUAUUGCUAUUGGUUGGUGUUUUUUAUACAUGAGUUCUUUCUUAAAAUAAUGUAGCAUCAUUCAAAUACAGCAAAAACGUGCUUUUAUCGUGUGAUAAUUCAGAGAUUUACUCAGCAGUAUAUCCAUACUGAGUGUUAGUUUGCUGUGGGCUGCACAGGUUUUCAGAAGAGGGGUGCAAAGGUGUAUUCAGAGUUAAAGGUAAUAACUAGUGAUGGUGUACAUAUGGACACAGGGCCACUUAAGUUGCUUGACUCCUUACGUUUUAUAUACUUUGCAGUAUUUUUCAUAAAACGAAGAAAAAAAAUACUACAAUAAUUUGUAUAAACCAGGGAUGGACAAUGUGACAAUAAUUAGCAUUACUGUGAUAAAUUAUAUCACAAUAUGUCACAAUAUGCUUUUCUAAGCAUAUUGUAGAUAUUGUCAGUAAGUUUGAUAACAAAAAUGCAUAAUGGUCCUGUUUAAUUCAAUUUUGUGGGUGCAAUUCAUUCUUCUCAGUUUUGAAAGUAUUUUCUGAAUUUGGCUUUUUUUUUAACUUGCCAGAUGUAAGAAAAAUCAUAUUGUGACAGAAAGUGUAUCGUGAAAUUUUCCUGAGGUAUCAUGAUACUAUGUUUUUGCCAUAUUGCCCAGGUCUAGUACAAAGUAAGGCAUUUACAGGGGUAAAAAUAAGCACUGUCUUCACUGCCACUGUGUUUGUGCUUAUUGGAGUAGGAACUGCUUUAUAUUCUUCAUAUCUAUGUAGUAUGACUACUGUUCUGCUGAAAAGUGAUAUUUUUGAUGUGAUUGAUGCCAGAGAAGUUUUGUACCUAAAAAUCCAACACAGUAUGUUUAAAAACAUCAGUUUUAACUAAUUCUAAAACAGCCAGUUCAGAAUGUAAAGAGGACAUUAGCAAAGUUGAAAUGCAGUGCCCUCGCUUGAGCUCUUUUCUAUCCAUGGAAUUUUCUUUAUUAUUCAUAAAUAUUUAAAGAACAAAGGAUUUUGAUAUAUAUGGGGUUGAAUUGUUGAUGAUUCUGGUUGUCUUGAAUGUAUAUUUUACAUUUACAUGCACUGAAAAUGUGAUGCAUUGAGGCUGCUUGAUUGAGAUGUGUGUAUAAUUUACACACAAAUAAGCUAUAAUACAUCAACACAAUUUUGGUUUAAAUUUGGCAAUAGCUGUAUAGAUGUGACACAUUGUCAUAUGGAAAAAAUUUAACACAUCUAUUCAAGUGAGAUGUUUUGUUGAUUUUCUAAACAAAAAGUAAUACAUCCUCUACAAAAAGCUUAAAUCUGAAAAAAAAAUUUUGCACAUUUUAGUGCACUUUUUAUAUAUUUGAUGAGUUCAGCUUAGUGGA